GAAGAUUUCUCACGGGUCAAGUCAAGGGGUUUAAACGCUUAAGAAAGCCACGAAAAUACGGCAACACAUUGAACACGAUUAAGUACAAAAAUACUUGAAAAACUUAACUUUCAUAACAAGCAUGAACAAACCUGAGACAGUUGUUCUGACCACCGGUAGCCUGCAUCUUCUUCAUUGGUGGAAACCCAAAGUUCAAAGAUUCCUUUCCGGUGUCCGCGUCUCCUCUCGGCUCUGACAACCAUCUGCCGGCUGGGGGAAGCUGUCACGGAUGUCUGGCAAGAAGGACAGUGCCUAUUUAAAAACUCAAGGGGAAGGACCUAUAAAGGUGUCGUACAUUUUUCCAAAUGGGGACAGAUAUGAGGGGGAGUGCAGCAGGUCUGCAUCAGGGGUGCUGAUGAGGAGUGGUACUGGUAAACACACCUCAGCAGGUGGUAUCAUAUACACUGGAGAGUGGCAUGAAGACAAAAUGCAUGGCAGAGGGACCAUGCAGCAUCCCUCUGGAGCACUAUAUGAAGGAGAAUUCAAAGACAACAUGUACCAAGGCACAGGGACAUAUACCUUCCCAGAUGGCUCUUCUUACAAAGGCCCCUUCCACAAGAACAGGUUGGAGGGAGACGGGGCGUUCACUGACACACAGGGACUGGUUUGGAUUGGGGAGUUCCACGGCAAAGCAGCACUGGGCCUGAAAAUGCAGCACAACAUUUAGGCAAAACACGCAUUAUUGUACUGCACUGUAUUAACACUGUAUGAUACAGUAUAUUGUACAUUAAAAAUGAACGGUAUCAGACUGUA